AUGACGCACGAUCCUGCGGGCCAGGAAGCUGGGAACAGCGCUCCAUCGGACCACAGCGUCCUCUCUGCACUAAAGAAAUACAUCUCUUCCCCAGUUCCACCCAGCUUGAAAGUCUCGGAGCAACUGCAUGAGCAAUGCCUCACCCUUCUCUCCGAAGUUGACGAGCUCCAAGGCCUUCUUCAGCGGACCUUGCGCAACCCACAACUCGUCGAGGUCCGCCAGUUUCGGUCCAAUGUCAUCUCAGAAUUGAAGAUGUUGCAGAAGUUAGAGCAGCGCUUCCAAAGUAGUCCCGAGACCGAGGGCAAUGCCGCUCAGAGCAAAGGGCAGAAGAGCCAGAGUCGGGCGGCGGAGGGAGACAGCGACGAGGACGAAGCGGCCCGUGACGACGAUGAGUCCACGGUGGAAAUGCGGCUGAUGCAUGCGCUGCGAUCCUCGAAUUUACCCUUUUACCAGGCUGUGUGGGACAUUGCGAAAGGGACUUGCUGCGGAUUGUCUGCCAUGGGAAAGCGAUUUUACUGGGAUGCUCCCGCUAGACGGUCCGAAGAUGAGCUGAAGACUGCGAGGAGGCAGGGAGGUGGGGAGAAGCAGCCCAACAAAGACAAGCGCAAGAGCGUCUUUAUAGAUAUCGUGGCGGAUGAUGGAGAAGAGUGGGUCAAAGUGUCCACAAUGUCGGAAAGCAGACUGCUGUUUGAAAUGGCCAAAAAGGGCUGGGAGCGAGACUCGGACGAAUGCUCGUCUGACGCAGGGAGUGAUGGCCGGCCACGACGCACAGUGCUUCGGAACUUUGAUGGCUCAGACUGUGAUGAAGAUGAGGAUGAAGACGAACUGGAACUUAUUAAGCUGGCCAGAGAUAUGAGAAGAGCGGCCGACGCUACGCGGUUACGAUACAAACACCCACGGCUACGAGUGGUGCUUUCGAAGAUUCAAGAAGGGAAUGUUCCUGAGAUUGACGAUAUCAUACGUGACAUGCGCAGCUACGGAGUCACCAUCGAGUGCCAGGAUGCUUUGUCGAAACCAUCAAACAUGCAAAAGCCCGACCUUUCACACCUGCUUCCUCAGCCCUUCAAACGUUUCACUGAGAUCCUAAAUGUGGACUGCACCCUUCUCCUCGCUUUGGUGUCUGAUCUCUCCCACACCAAAGAAAUACCACCAUCGCCGAGCUUUCAUAGAGCAAUUCUCCGCCAAAUUGAAGUCGAGAAGCAACAGCCGCUGCUCCAAACCGAGCUCUGGCCCGCCAUGGGUGACCACGAACUGGUCUGCACCAACGAGGCCGCGGUUCGCAUGCGUGAAAUCGUGCAGCUGAUAGGCACAGAGACUGAGAAAGAACGGACAGGGAUCAUGAUGGGAGAUGCGCCUUAUGGUGUUCUCGACCGGGAAUCGGCCAUUCAGAAAUUUCAGGAGCUGUCAGACUGGAAAGUGCCGCUCGAUUGGAAGAUCCCUAUCAAGGUCGUGGACGCGCAGCCGGUCAUUGCCGCAGCCGAAGCAGAGGGCACAUUGCCACCCGUGGCGGAGCAUGUUGCCAGAGGCUUGUCGGAUAUCAACCACAGCGUGUUCAUGUAUGGAUGGGCGACCGGGAUGACAACCAUCUCCAGCAAUCGCACGAUUGAUAAACAAAUUGAGGCCACGGUAGAAAAGAACCGAGGCGCGAACGAAGACCUCGAGGGUCCCAUGGUCUGGAUAUGUGAUACCGCCCGCAGCUUAGCUGGAAAAGAAAAAGACCGUAAACCAUAG